AUGCCUCCAAAGAAGUUAGCUACCCAGGUCAAAGUAACAACUGGUGCUCCACAUCCACCAACCCAGGUCCAAGUAACAACUGUGGCUCCCCUGCCACCAGCUACAUCGUCAACUAUCACAAACAUGAUGACCAAUUAUAAUACAAACCAAACUGGUAUAUGUACAUUCUGUUUGGAAGAGAUUGUUCAGACCAAAUGGAUAAAUCAUGUAUCAAUAUGUUUGAACAAUGCCAAGGACCUCUAUCCUAUUGUUGUUGUUGGAGAUGAGGUACCAUCACCUGCUUCCAAGGUGUUCAAGGACAGAUUCUUACUCAAACAGAUACUUAAACAUGUUCCAAUAUAUACUAUGUUUCCCAAUACUAUUCUGAAUAGCAAUAAUGCAUCAUGGAGACAAGGUACACUGUUGCUGACUGCUAGUCGCCAAUCUCAAGUAUCAUACUGUUGGAGCUCAAGGAGGGUCAGAAAUCUAUCGAAUGGAUUCAUCGCAAAGUUUGGCAUAAGGAUGGGGAAGCCUCGGACUACAGAGGAGGCACUGGGUGAUGGCAUGGCCUUUGUUAUCCAGAAUCACAGUCAACAAAUAGCUCAGUCUCGUCUAAUUGGUGGCAACUCUCUCGGCUAUUCAAACAUACCCAAUAGCUUGGCCAUUGAGUUUGAUAUCUAUGCCAACGACAAUUGUCAAGAUCCCAAUGACAAUCACAUUUCAGUACAUACCAAUGGACAGGGUAACAACUCAUCGGAACAUAGAUAUUCGAUUGGCGUAGGCACGCCAACAUGUCAGAUGAAUGACUACCAGUUGCAUCAUGUGAUCGUCACCUACAAUCCACAUGUUCCAGACAAGCAGAUGACCAUUAGCUUUGACGGUGUCAACAUUGUCCAGUGCUCAAUUGUCCUCCACACUCGUCUAAAACUACACAAUGAUGAUGAGGCAUACGUUGGAUUCACUGCUGCCACUGGCCUGUAUCAUCAAGAACACAUCGUAGAGUACUUUGAGAUGCAUAGACUCAUCAAAUCAUACUAUUAG